AGUUGGUGGGAAACCCCGUCCGCUCCUCCUCCGCCGCGGGUUUUGAUUGGCGGCGGAGCAGCGUAUGAGGCAGCGCCCCUUCCCCGCCCUCAGCCUCUGUUCCGGACCAGCCAGCGCCGCGCGCUGGUAACGGAUUGAAGAGCGCCGGUUUAGGAGUGUCAGUUAAUGCCGCGGUGGCUUCUUGCUUGGGGAGGGUCGCCUAGGUGACGGGUCGCGCUCGCUCGCCGGGAAUCUGCGCCAUGGCCGCUGGGGCGGCCCAAGGUGGGGCGAUGGGCCCGUUGGUUGGAGCCAUCGACCAAGGGACCAGCUCUUCCCGCUUCUUGGUUUUCAAUGCAAGAACAUCUGAACUACUGAGUCACCAUCAAGUAGAAAUUCAACAGAAAUUCCCAAAAGAAGGGUGGGUAGAGCAAGAUCCAAAGGAAAUAUUAGAAUCAGUGUAUGAAUGCAUGGAAAGGACAUGUGAGAAACUUAACCAGCUGAAUAUAGACAUCGCCAACAUAAAAGCUGUUGGAGUUAGCAAUCAAAGAGAGACAACUGUGGUUUGGGAUAAAUUAACUGGAGAACCUCUCCACGAUGCUAUUGUGUGGCUUGACUUAAGGACCCAACCUACAGUUGAGAGGCUGCUUAAAAGAAUUCCAGGACAGAAUAAAUCUUUCUUAAAGAGUAGGACUGGCCUCCCACUUAGCACAUAUUUUAGUGCUGUGAAACUUCGCUGGCUUCUGGAUAAUGUGCCAAAGGUCAAGCAAGCAGUUCUGGAGAAAAGAGCUUUGUUUGGUACCAUUGAUUCGUGGCUCAUAUGGAGCUUGACAGGUGGAAAAGAUGGAGGUAUCCACUGCACUGAUGUAACCAAUGCCAGUAGAACAAUGCUGUUCAAUAUUCAUUCAUUAGAAUGGGAUGAUGAACUCUGCAAAUUCUUUGAAAUUCCUAUGGAAAUACUUCCCAAAGUAUGCAGUUCCUCAGAGAUUUAUGGACUAAUGAAAAUCUCUCCUACCCUGAGUUCUGGAGCUUUGACAGGUGUACCAAUUUCUGGGUGUUUAGGUGACCAAUCUGCUGCUUUAGUAGGACAAAUGUGUUUCAAGGAUGGUCAAGCAAAAAAUACGUAUGGAACAGGCUGCUUUUUACUCUGCAAUACAGGCCAAAAGCCCGCAUUUUCAGAGCAUGGUCUUCUGACAACAGUGGCUUACAAACUGGGCAGAGACAAACCUGUAUAUUAUGCUUUAGAGGGUUCUGUUGCCAUUGCAGGCGCUGUUGUUCGUUGGUUGAGGGAUAACCUUGGUAUUGCACAGUCUUCAGAUGAAGUUGAAAAACUUGCUGCUGAUGUGGGCACUUCUUAUGGCUGCUACUUUGUCCCAGCUUUCUCAGGUUUAUAUGCACCAUACUGGGAGCCCAGUGCAAGAGGAAUUAUCUGUGGCCUUACUCAGUUUACAAACAAAAAACACAUUGCCUUUGCUGCACUAGCUGCUGUCUGCUUUCAAACACGAGAGAUUCUGGAUGCAAUGAACAAGGACUGUGGGAUACCACUAAGACAACUACAAGUGGAUGGAGGAAUGACCAAUAAUAAGAUCCUUAUGCAGCUCCAAGCUGACAUUCUCUGUAUUCCAGUAGUAAAACCAUCUAUGCCUGAAACCACAGCACUUGGAGCAGCCAUGGCAGCUGGAGCUGCAGAAGGAGUAGGAGUUUGGAGCCUGAAUCUUGAUGACCUCACAGCAGUAACAUGUGAAUGUUUUGAGCCAAAGAUCAAUCCAGAGGAAAGCGAGUAUCGCUAUAGCCGGUGGAAAAAAGCUGUAAAAAGGUCAAUGGGGUGGGAGACAUCAAAACCUGAAGAAAAUGGUGAAACUAGUAUCUUCUGUAGUCUGCCUUUGGGCUUUUUUAUAAUGAGUAGCCUCUUAAUGUUAAUCGGAGCAAAGUACAUCUCAGGCUGUGAACAAGUGCUGAAGGACUUCCCUAUAUCGUUUGUGUUCUGGUUUCAAUUAUCAACCAUAAUGGCACAUGCAGUUCCUCCAGUUUGUGAAAAAAAUGGCUGUAAAGAAGAGUCAGUAUCUGUACCUGGAAGUGAGUGUGUCAUGACCUUCAAAGAUGCAAACAACAGUGGGAAAAGGAAGUGAUUCAUAAACUGUUAGGUAGCACUUUCAAGGGAGGAACAGAUAGUAGUAUCUUUUCCUACUUUGUUUAAAAGGGGGCCUUACUUUUAAAGUAGCACAGCAGGUAGGAAGCUAGCAAUAAAAAUCUUUUUAAAAGCUUUACAAAAUCAUAAUAUUUUCAGGAUUAUUAGAAACACGUUAUGGAUUCUCAUUUCCAAUACAGUCAACUCAUUUAUUGGCUCAAGGGCCUUGUAUCACUAGUCUGUCAUGAGCAGGUGCAUUUGCUGAUAAGACUCUGUGGGUUGUUCCUCUUUGUGUUGAUUCAUGGCUCUUCAUUGUUCAGGUGGUAGUGAUUUUCUUUUUACUUGGCCUGCACUAAAAAGAAUUUAACAGCAUUGCAUGCCACUUAGUUUUCCAGAGGGGAAAGUCAGUGGGUUUGUCACCCAAUGAUUCAGGCAGCUGUCAAGAAUGUUUGUCAAAAUAAAUCUCCUAUUUGACCAGCUGGAGAGUUAAUCUUCUCUAGGCAGUAUGCUGUUAUUUGAAUACACUAUAUUUUGUACAAAAUAAUUUGCACAGCCGUUGACUUCUAGUAGCUACGACUGUGCUUUGGUUCCUUGAUAGCAUUUUCCAUUAUUGCAUGAAUUAGCCCUAAGUAAAUGUCAUAAGCAACUUAUCCUUUUCUUGUAAAAGAUCAUAAUCAUAAACCAUUCUGUGAUAUAAUGAUCCUAGGAUGUUUUGCUUCUCUGUUUAUUUUGAUGUUUUGUAAGGCAACUUAUAUUUUCUGUACGAAAGAGUUAUAAAGUGGCAUUGUGAAAGCCAGAACUACCAGAUGUGGAUAAUUAAGCAAGGGGGUGGCGGAUUUGACUUCUGUCUACCAGCUUUGCCCACAGACUAUCUCUACUUGUACUUCAGAGGCAGUGAAUAAAAUGGGCUGUGU